CUGAGAUGGGUUUUCCAUUCGAUAUCAGACUUUCGGACCCCUCGUUUCGGCCGGACUAAAAAUUUUUCAAAAUUCAAAAUUUUUUUUUCGAAAACUAUUUCACCAAUAUAAACGCUCAACGAGCUGAAGAUGUGUGACGGAUGUGGAUCGUUGGAGCCGCGCGGAUGCCGCAGCAGGGAGUUGCGUUGCGGCAUCAUGUAUACCACCUGCGACUGCGUGAAACGGAACGGCCUGCAGGAUAAGUGUCCAAGGUCCGCCUGCCAGGGAAGACCGGCCUGCCUGUGUUUCCCGUUCCCCACCUGCGGUCCAGCGGCCUUCCCACUACGCUAUGCCAACAUGAUGAUGGGCGUGAACAACAAGCGUAUGCGCUGUGCCGCCACCGGAGCUCCAAACGGCGGUGCAUGUGGUGGACGAGCUGCCGGUGGCUGCUGUGGUUGCGGUCCCUGUUGCUGUAAGGAAACUCCAUGCUGCGGCCUGCAUAGUCCCCCAUGCUGUGGACCCUGUAAUGAAACACCCUGCUGUGGCCCGCACAGUCCGCCAUGUGGAGCCCCGUCGCCCAUUCCUUGCUCUCCUGCCCCAGGCAUGUGCUGUCCCCCUCUGCCCGAAGGCGGAAUUCCCGAUCCUCGUGUCUGGAACUACUACAACACACCCCCAACGUAUCCAUGUGGCUUCUAAGUGACCCUGGAAAAGUCUUUAGAUGGAUGUAAUGGCGCUUGUGAGACCCGAUGGGACAUGUUGGGUGCCGCAUUUUGGAUGGAAAUCGAAGCAGCUCGGAUCAAGAUGAUUGGCUUUCAUAGAUCCGACUUGACUUAAGCAACACCAUAUAUGUCAGUUCUUUUGGCUCGUUUAGGCUUAGAAUAAAAUAAAAAAAAAAGUGGCUUUUGA